AUGCUAGCGCGUUUACCCUGCUUAUCUGCUUACUCUUUGAUGUUGAACUUGUCAGACAUCCCGCUACAGUACAUUCGCCAGUUCCAACAGCUUCACACGACGGUAAAUGGCCAGUAUAUGGAUCGGAAAGACACCAAGGAAGUGUACAAGUAUUAUCGCAGCGUCCUUGUCCCACGAUUCGGACACCGCCCGCCAAACAUCGAUGGCAAGCCGGUACUCAACGCCGAUAACCUACGAGUCAUCCUGACGUUUAACAUCGCAUACGAUACAACCAUCUUCCCAGGCGAACGGCACCGCAUCAACCUUGCUGGCUGCUACCAACUCCUGUGCUAUACGGGCGUACGGCUGGCCGAGCUGGUAGAUGGUGAGCGUCAGAAGCCAAAGGACGGUUCCAUCCAAGAACUUUUUGGUCAGAAUGCAGUCCAGUCGUCUUCUUCGGCGAGCAGUGAAGAGCAGGAAGUCCUUGCGGAUGAACAGUCCAAGGUUCUCAAUGGCCUUCUCUGCCAAGAGACCGUGGGACGCGGACGCCCCAAGGCUCUCUGCUACGAGGAUAUCCAGAUGAUGAUCGUCCGACACCCGGCCACUGGACGAUGCAUACCUGCCAUGGCCAUCAAGUUCGUUCAUCAUAAAGGCGCUGACAACAAGCCCAAGCCCAGUACCAUCUUCUACUUCACACCCACGAGAAAGCUACUCUUCUGUGCUGUUUCCACGAUUCUUGCUCUCGCUCUCCACGACAACGCAUUCGAUGCUCCGAGCUUGACAGAUGCAACCGUUAUAUUUAGAUCGCAGCCACCGCGCUUCAAGCACUGUAUCCCGUUCCGAUGGAAGAAGUCUAUGUUAAAGACUCCAAUCUUUCGCCGAUAUCGUGGUAUGGAGCUCUCUGCUGAUGAGGCCAUGCUGUACUCCAAGCUCAGAGACGACAUAGGUCAACAGAGUCUUGACGCGGGACAUGAGAGGAAAUGGACACCUAGGUUCGCUAGGAGAGGCGCUGGCAAUGCGGCUAACGGAGACGCACCCGACUCCAUCCGCGAUCAGAUGAUGCGCCAAGAUCCCCGAUUUAUGACCUUUCAAAGCGCGUACCUCAACGAGAUUGCGAAUUUCGACCUCCAGAACGCGUUCCUAGAAGAAGAGAAGGAGAGCCAGCUGUUUCGGCUGUUCGCACACGUCAGCCUCACGCGCGAUCCUCGAGCUACGGCAGACAUGGUGCCCGACGAAGUCUGGGCCAACCUGACACCAGACCCGGAAAUCGUCGAGCUCGAAAAACAACGCGCACAAUUGAAGCGGGGCAAGUACCGCAUCGAAGGCCGAGAGAACGAGGAAGAGAUCCGACAGCUCACCAACAAAAUCCGAACGAAGAGGGCGUACCGCGAAAAGCAGGUCGUCAAAGAAUAUCGCGAGGAUUACUUCUACCACCGUCCCACUUGGGACGUUGAGCAGCAGGCACGGGGCGAGGAAGAGGAGGAGUACACAAAACCUGUCAUCGAUGUGCAUAUACCAGAACGCGACCGGCUAGCAAAUAUUCUCUGCCAUCAGCCGGAUGGUCUCACAGAGGAUCAGGUUCUCGAACAAAGGAUCGAAGCUAUCCAACUCAUGGUGUCUCUGCAUCGCGUCCAGCAAAAUGUCAGGGCUCAGGCUCAACCGCACAUCAAAACCGAACCUAGCGAAGCAGACAGCGAGCCUGAGCCUAGCCUCAAUCAAUUUCCUCUCCUCAUGCAAGUCGGACAAUGCCCAGACUGCAUCGGCGACGAGCGGCUCUCCCUCGAGGAACGUGCUCUUUCGUACUGUCGUCCGACCGUUAGGAACGACCACUUUGAUGACCAGCACUUGAUAGAACGCGAGAGGGCACUGCAACGUGGUGAGAACAUGGUGUGUACACACCCUGCUUGUCGCACCCAAAACCGAGGACAGAAUCUCGAAUUCCAUAAUAUGGACCAUCUUAGGGCCCAUGUGCAGACAGUUCAUCUGUUGACGCUGCGAUCAUCGUGCCAAGUGGAGCAAAGGCGAUUGCGCAAAUUGGGGCAUCGAAAGAUGGUUAAAGGAUGA